AGAACAAGCAAGUGUGCAUCACACCAUACGCUACGUUCCUCUAGUCUCAACCAUUGCCGCGUCCACUACAUACGUUCUAGCUCUUCGGUCUUCCUCGCACCACCAAGCAACCACCGGUCCACUCCUAUAUGUACCCCCACCUCCCUUGGCGCCAUUAUCCACCACCACCACCGGUCCACCACCACAACCAUCAUCAAGAACUUCGAUUCCUCCGCUGCUUGUUCACAGAAACCAAAUUCCUUGCAAGUCUCUUGCAUAGCUCUAAGUCUAUAGAUGGAUCGGCAAAGUGCGGUGCAGAGAGGCGGUGCUGGUGCCGGCGCCGGUGCUGCCGUACACGAAUGGUUCAACGCCAGCACCGGCGAUCAGCCGGCCGAGCAGACGGCCGUCGUCGACGGGGCGUUCCUCAUGCACCUGCUGGAGGACGCGCCAGCAGCGGAGCAGGCGCCGGACGACGUCGACCGGCUGAGCCACGUCAUCCGGACCCUGGAGGCUGAGAUCAGCGGUGGUGGCAGGGCGGCGCCCUUGGCGCCGGCAGAUGGCGGGAGCAUGCUGGAGCACGUGCCGGCAGGCAACGUCGGUAGCGAGGGCCUGGAGGAGUCCAUCCUCUCGGACGCCCCCGGACCUUGUGUGGCCGAGGCGCCGUUCGAGUACUGCUGGACGGAGGUGCCGCCGGCGGUCGGUCAGCAUGACAUGGGCGGCUGGUACGUUGACGGCGACGGCCUCGUGGCGGGGUACGAGUUCAGGGAGCAGUGCUAUUACGGCUACAAUGACAGCCCACACGUUGAGCGUGUGUACAGCCCCUUGUGGGAAUGAAAUGACCAAAUUUGCGAGAACUGGUACCACUAUAUAUGAGUUGAUAAAGCAGGCAAAUCGAUAGAUAUAUCUAAAAUACAACUCCAAUUAUCGGCAUCCUUA